AUGGUCAACCAAUACAGCGACCGCGCACACCCGCGCACUCUCUGCCUGUUUGACGUCGACGGCACGCUCUCGCUCGCGCGCCAGACCAUCACGCCCGAAUUCCACGCGUUGCUCGCCAAGCUGCGCACCCAGUGCGUCAUCGGCGUCGUGGGAGGAAGCGAUCUCAAAAAGGUCCGUGAACAACUCCAGAUCGGGUCCAAGGACUUCACGAGCGAAUUCGACUACGUCUUCGCCGAAAACGGACUCACCGCGUUUAAGGAUGGAACGCAGCUCGACAGUCAGAGUUUUAUCGGCUGGUUGGGCGAGGAGAAGUACAAGAAGCUCGCCAGGUUUUGCUUGCGGUACAUCAGCGAAUUGGAACUGCCUGUCAUGCGUGGAACGUUUAUCGAGUUUAGGAACGGAAUGAUCAACGUCUCGCCCAUUGGCAGGAACGCUUCCAUCGACGAGCGCAUCGCCUUCGAGCAGUACGACAAGACGCACAACAUCCGCAGCACCUUCGUCUCGGCCCUCAAAGCCCAGUUCCCGGACUACGGCCUCACCUACUCGAUCGGCGGUCAGAUCUCGUUCGACGUCUUCCCGUGUGGUUGGGACAAGACGUAUGCGCUUCGCAACGUCUGCCUUCCCGGCUUCAGCGUCGAAGCCAGCAAGACGGCCAGCGACCUCGGCUGGGAUGCGAUUCACUUUUUCGGUGACAAGACCUACAAGGGCGGCAACGACAAUGAGAUCUUUGAGGAUCCUAGGACCGAGGGUCAUACGGUGACCAACCCGCAGGAUACCAUGGCGCAGCUGAAGGCGUUGUUCGACCUGGCUUGA